AUGACAGACCACGUUUUACGAAAGCGGCAAACGGCCUUUGAACCUCUGGUGGCGCCACUCAACGACGACGACAACGAUGACAAGUGGGCUGAGAAUCGCCAUUACGGCGUUGUCGUGGAUGCAGGAUCGUCAGGGUCACGGGUGUAUGUGUACUCUUGGGAAGACUUUGAACAUACCAAAGCGUCUCUAUUACCAGUGGAUUUACGAGGAAGGAUACCUGUUGUAGAGCGUGGUGAUGCUCAAGGUCUUAAAUGGACACGACGUGAAGAACCUGGCAUUUCAACCUAUGGAAGUCGUCCCCAAGAAGUGAGCGAGCAUUUGAAACCGCUACUGGAUUUUGCCACCGAAGUGGUACCUGUUGCCCAGCAACCGAAUACACCCUUGUUUCUCAUGGCAACGGCAGGAAUGCGAUUACUUCCCGAAGACGAACGACAGGCCGUAUUGAAUGCGAGUUGCAGCUAUAUUCGAGACAACUAUUCAUUUGCAGUGGAUGAUUGUGACAAGCAAAUCCGGGUGAUCUCAGGCGAGGAUGAAGGCAUUUAUGGAUGGGUGGCAGUCAACUACUUGAUGGGUGGAUUUGAUAUGAGUGUCACCAAUACGCUCAAUAGCCAUCAUACAUUUGGAUUCUUGGAUAUGGGAGGUGCAAGUGCACAAAUCGCUUUUGAACCUGAGCAUCAUCAACGAGAAGCACACAGCGAUGAUUUACGUACGAUUCUUUUACAUACAUUGGAUGGGCAACAGGUGGAAUACGACGUGUUUGUAACCACCUUUUUGGGUUACGGCAGCAAUGAGGCGCGUAGACGCUAUUUGGAAGAGCGUGUUAAGGACGAAUAUAUGCGUAAUGCCGACAAGAAUUUGCUGGAUGAACAUCGCACCCUUCAUCUCAAUGAUCCAUGCCUUCCACCCCAACUCAACGUCACUGAUACAUUAUCCACCAGCAUCCCUCUCACAUUACACGGCACGGGAUCAUUUUCAGAAUGCAUGGAUGCUACGGCACCCCUACUCAACAAGAAUGCUGAUUGCCCUACAAAACCAUGCUUGUUCAAUGGCGUGCAUACCCCUGAGAUUGAUUGGUCUGUCAACAAGUUUGUUGGUAUAUCCGAAUACUGGUAUUCGUCGCAUGAUCUCCUGGACUUGGGUGGUGUAUACGACUUUGCAGAAUAUGAACAAAAGGCAACUGAAUACUGUGCACGUCCCUGGGAUCAUCAUGAUGAUAACAACAUCAAUGAGAGUAUCGAGAUUCAUCAUCGACAAAUGCAGUGCUUCAAAUCAGCUUGGAUUGUAAAUGUACUACAUGAUGGCAUUGGUAUUCCACGUAUCACCGAUCCUGCCCAUGGUUCUUUGAAUGUCUCGGACGAUGCACAACUGCUGGAACAGUCCAUCGAUAGCAUCGAGGUUAAAAAUUGGAAUCCACCUUUUCAAAGCAUUGAUACCAUUAAUGAUAUCCAAGUCUCGUGGACCUUAGGCGCUAUGGUCAUGCAUGUUGCAAAACAAAUUCCACUUGUGGGUGAUGCUCGUGGACAUGCUACGGAUCAUGAUGAUUUCGACAAUGCAUCUACAAAAGAUAACCUAUGGUCCUCCUCCCCUUUAUUGGCGAAUAGUAGCACUGUAUUACUGGUUUUGAUGUUUGUCAUGGCUUUCUUUUUGUGGUGGCUCUAUUAUAAGCGAUCUGGAAGGAAAAGAAGAACGAAUAUGCAAGAUACAGGUGGCAUCCUUGGUCUACAUACCCCAUCCGAUGACAUCGAUAUCCAUGACAAUAACAACCUUCAUGCAUGGAUGAGUCGAUCGCGUAGUGCGCCCCCUUUGAAUGACAUUGAUGAGAAUGAACCAUCGACCAACAAUGACACUGUCACGAUUCAAAUCAAUGGAACGACCACGCUUACUUCAAGCAGCAGCAGCAGCAACAAUGCCACGCCUACGAAUGGACACUUGAGCAAUGGAUUCAGAAGCUUUUAUCGUCCCAUGCUUGGUCCCUCCACCUUGUCACCUAGUGCUUUUAGCAUGAAGUAUUGGAGCAAAAAACGAUAUAGCGGUGAUAGCCAUGAUACCCUGUUUGGAACGCAUCAGACCAACCAUGUUCCUUUACUUCGCAGUGCCUCGUCCGCAAGUAACUUGGCUAAUCGACUCAACAACAACAACAACAACAGCAGCAAUGUCCAUACCCAAUCCACUACCACCACUGUACACUCUUACCUUCCUAAUUAG